AUGCUAAGGAAGCCAAUAGCCUACCCUGCUUUCUCCAUUUGUCUGGCUCUCAUUUUGGCUGGAUUCCUUGGCAUACACAUCAGUUUUGUGAGAAGUCAGAAGAACCACACGCUAAUUUUCACUAAGGAAAACACAAAUCACAACUGCAGCUGUUCCGUGCCUACCCGUGACUGCAAUUACUGCCUGGCAAACUUGGUGUGCAACUGCAAAACAGUGCUGCUUUCUACCAUGGAAAAAAAUACCGGAAAAAAAUACAACAGCCACCUGACCAUCUGGUUCACACACACCUCUGUGCUGGAGAUGGUCCUCAACUUCACAAAGACUUACAGGGAUUUGAAGCUGUCCUUCUGUAGCACCACUCCUCUCCCAGUGGAAUAUUUGGGCGUUUGGGGACUUCGAAAGCUCCAUGUAAACAAGGUCAAGGGACAGUUUCCAGAGCAGAGCGUACCUAUCUCCAGUAGCAGCAUCAAUGACAAAGAAGACUUACUUGAGGUGCCCAACAAAGACAGGCAAGUGCUUGCACAUAUUUUUUUUUCUGGAUAUCUCUCACUUUUCAAUGGAUAUUCAUUGCUGAAGUCAUGCAGUGUGGAAAAUGUCUCUAGUAUUAUUAAGCACUUUCCCAGCCUGCUGUACUCUGAUGUUUUCUCAACUUCAGACAAUGAAAGCUAUGUUGUAACAUUCAUUUACUGA